GGCAGAUUACUCGUGCGGUGGUGAGUCAAAAAACGAAUCCAAUUAAUCAUCGGUCUUGGGCCGCUGCCUUGGCGCUUUAUAGGCUUCCUCCAUCUGAUGAUCGAAACCAUGAUGUAGGUAAUGUUGUAUGGGAGACUCCACUCCGAGUGUAAGGGAAAAAGAGUCAUGAUUGUGUAUAAAAUCGUAAGCUCCCUCUUACUCGAUUGAUUGUUAUUUCAUCAUCAAUCAGGAUACCUUCCUCAUCCUACAGAUUCUACCCAUCAUCGUCAUUCCUAUCAUGUUGGUUCUCGUCGCUAGAGUUACGGGUAACCUGGGCCAACAUCUAGCCCGGGUAGCUCUUGAAAAGGGGCACCAGGUCCGAGGCCUGGGGCGGUCGCCAGACAAGCUAGAUGCACAAUAUGCAGCCCAACUCGAGAGCUUUGUUGUCUCUACUUCCUACUACGACAUCCCUGCGCUGGAUCGUGCGAUGAAGGGUGUUGACGCUGUUAUUUGCGCCUACUCGGGUCGGCCAGAGCUGGCACUUGACGGCAAUCUUCUUCUUCUGCGAGCUGCGGAGCGCGCUGGUAUCAAGACGUAUCUAUCUUCGAGCUGGAACGCAGACUGGCGAUACGUGCAGUUUGGAGACCACGAGAGCUUCAACCCUUUUCACUCGUUCCGCCAACAGGUUGCCAUCACGUCAACGAUCAAGCCAAUUUGGAUCUUCACCGGGGUUCUAGCCGAAGUGUUCUUCUCGGUUCCUGGGCAUGGAGACCUCUCCCCCAAGAACCAUGGCAUCUGGGACCCGGUCGCAAAGUCAAUCGAUCUGUUUGGAACGGGCAGGGAGAAGUUUGAUUGGACGACUGAGUCAGACGCAGCUGCCUUUAGCAUUGCCAUCAUUGAGAGUCCAAAUGCGCAUCAGGGCGGAUUCUAUUCCAUCCGAUCAGGCUGCCAUAGUCUGAACGAAAUCAAGGCCACAUACGAGCGAGUUCGAGGGACGCCGGUCAAGGUGAUUGAGAAGGGGUCUGUGGAGGACCUUGAGAAGACUGCCUUGCAAGCACGCCUUCAAGGUUCUCCUCUGUCAUUCUGGGAGUACAUUGGCUAUUUUUACCAGCUGUAUACCAUCAAUGGCGCGAUGGCUCUGCGUAAUCUAGACAAUGACCGCUUUCCAGAUGUCAAGGCUACAAGUCUAGAAGACUUUUUGGGCCAAAACCCUAGCAUAUAGCUUACUACUACUCUAGGUAGUUCUUUCACUUGGUAAUAUGUACAGAGUCAUCUCCACCUCCUUGCCCUCCC